AUGGCUUCAAAUUCCAAGAAUGCCUAUUUGGAGAAGACUCUGAUUGCAGACUUCAUUCGACGGGGCUUGACAAUUUACAGAAAUGUGGAAGUCGGUCAUAAAUCAGCGAUAAGCUUGGAACAGAGCCCUCACAACAGAGAGCUGUUUGCAAUAAUCAUCCAGAACGCCAGUUUCUCGGACGAGGGAAUGUACUUUACAGAGUUCGAAACGGAGAACUCAAAGUACACCAGCGACUUGGUUAACCUUUACGUCAAUUCGAUCGGCCCCAUCAUGGUGGAGGUGAUCUUCUUCACUGUCGUGGUGCUCAGUUUUUUGACGAUGUUCUGCAUUGUUCAUAACGUUCGGCUGUGGCGAACGUAUGGUGGAUUCUGCCGCCAGAACUAUCCAAAGUCGUCGAAAUCUUCAGAAAUUUCUUUUCUAAGAAAGUCCUACGAUGAUGUAAUUCUUUGUUCUACCUAUAAAAGUCCGUAUAUGCCAGUCGCGACUCUUUCGUGCAAAAAUCUUCCAAGCAAAGUACAAGAUAUUUGA